CGGCUUCCCCGGGCUAGUCAUUCCUUGGCGGCUGUUUAUUUUGUUUGUCAGCGGACGGGCUCAGACAGGCUGUGCAUAAAUAUGAAUUUUUAGCAUAUUCGGCAAAGCUCAUCGUUAAAGACACUGUCAGUAACACCAAACCCGGCCAAAAAACGCAUACGUAGUUUUGUGUGGACCGUGUCAGUUCAUGUUGGUUGAGAGAGGACUGCAUUUUCUCCGUUAUAUUCAACUGGAAGGAAUUAACAGUCUGCCUGGAGGACCACCGGUUGAAAACUGAGCCACUAUUCAAACCGGGGCCUUCACAGGAGGACGCAAAUCGCUGUAACUAGUGUCAUUGUAUAUUUAUUUGAAGUGGCCAGCUGUGUGAAGGGGGGUAUCCACUGGUAAACAAAAGUAUCAUUCAGUUAGUAUCAAGUGGUGGGAGCAUUUCACCGCCAUGGUGGUCUUCAAUGGGCUGCUGAAGAUCAAGAUAUGCGAGGCGUUGGACCUGAAACCGACGGCUUGGUCCCUCCGGCAUGCCGUGGGCCCCAAGACGCAGACGUUUCUCCUGGACACGUACAUCGCCCUGAACGUGGACGACUCCCGGGUGGGCCAGACGUCCACCAAGCAGAAGACCAACAGCCCGGCGUGGAACGACGAGUUCACCACGGAGGUGCACGACGGCAGGACCAUCGAGCUGUCCGUCUUCCACGACGCGCCCAUUGGCUACGACGACUUCGUGGCCAACUGUAUCAUCCAGUUUGAAGACAUCCUGCACAACGGCAGCAAGCACUUCGAGGACUGGAUUGACUUGGAGCCAGAGGGGAAGGUGUAUGUUGUUAUUGACCUAUCAGGAUCCUCCAGUGAAGCGGCAUCGAGCUCUAAUGAGAAUGAAGAGCGAGUGUUUCGAGAGCGGAUGCGUCCCAGGAAACGUCAAGGCGCGGUACGCAGGAGAGUCCAUCAGGUCAACGGCCACAAGUUCAUGGCCACCUACCUCCGACAGCCCACCUACUGCUCCCACUGCAGGGACUUCAUCUGGGGUGUCAUAGGAAAACAGGGGUACCAGUGUCAAGUGUGUACCUGUGUGGUCCAUAAGCGAUGCCAUGAGCUGAUCAUCACCAAGUGUGCAGGGAUGAAGAAGCAAGAGGACACGGUGGAGGAGCCAGUCGGGACCCAGAGGUUUAGCGUCAACAUGCCCCACAAGUUCAGCAUCCACAACUUCAAAGUCCUCACUUUCUGUGACCACUGUGGCUCUUUGCUGUGGGGCCUGAUGCGGCAAGGCCUGCAGUGUAAAGUGUGUAAAGUGAAUGUGCACAGGCGCUGUGAGAGUAACGUGGCCCCUAACUGUGGAGUGGAUGCCAGAGGCAUCGCUAAGGUCCUGUCAGACCUGGGAGUCACACCAGACAAGAUCUCCAGCAGCGCCCAGAGACGGAAAAAGCUUCCCCAAGGUCAAGACCCCCAGCAACCGUUGUCAGGGACGCCUCACGCAGAGGACGAUCGCUCAAAAUCAGCCCCCACCUCUCCAUGUGACCAGGACCUGAAGGAGCUGGAGAAUAUCCGGAAGGCUCUGUCAUUCGACCACCGCGGAGAGGAGCACAAAAAACACCCCCUCACUUCCCCCUCCUCUGUCACCACGGUAACGGGGGACAGCCAUGGAGGAGGAGAUGGUGGAGGCGGCGGUGAGGGGGUCCGAGUGGAAAGUGAAGGCGGGAAGGCGAACGGAGAGGUCAAAGGUCACAGUGUUCCAGAGACCAAGAGGAUGAACCUGGAGGACUUUGUGUUUAUCAAAGUCCUGGGCAAAGGCAGCUUUGGAAAGGUGAUGCUGGCGGAGCUGAAGGGCAGUGACGAGGUUUAUGCUGUCAAGGUGCUAAAGAAAGAUGUGAUCCUCCAGGACGACGACGUAGACUGCACACUGACUGAGAAACGUAUCCUGGCCCUGGCUAGGAAACACCCCUACCUGACACAGCUCUUCUGCUGCUUCCAGACUAAAGAUCGGUUAUUCUUCGUGAUGGAGUACGUGAAUGGCGGAGACCUGAUGUUCCAGAUUCAAAGAUCGAGGAAAUUUGACGAGGCCCGCUCUCGUUUUUAUGCCGCCGAGGUCACGUCUGCACUGAUGUUCCUGCACAGGAAUGGAGUCAUAUACAGAGACCUGAAGCUUGACAACAUAUUAUUGGAUGCAGAGGGCCACUGUAAGCUGGCAGACUUUGGCAUGUGCAAGGAGGGCAUCCUCAACGGCGUCACCACCACCACCUUUUGUGGAACGCCUGACUACAUUGCGCCUGAGAUCCUACAAGAGCUGGACUACGGCCCAUCAGUGGACUGGUGGGCUUUGGGUGUUCUGAUGUACGAGAUGAUGGCGGGCCAGCCGCCAUUUGAAGCUGAUAAUGAAGACGAUCUGUUUGAGUCCAUCCUCCAUGAUGACGUCCUCUACCCAGUCUGGCUCAGCAAGGAGGCAGUGUCCAUUCUCAAAGCGUUCAUGACUAAGAGUCCUAACAAGCGUCUGGGCUGUGUGGUGGCUCAGGGUCUGGAAGAGGCCAUUAAGCUUCAUCCAUUCUUUAGAGAGAUCGACUGGACCCUGCUGGAGCAGAGGAAGAUCAAACCCCCAUUCAAACCACGCAUCAAAACCAAAAGGGAUGUGAAUAACUUUGACCAGGACUUCACGCGUGAGGAGCCUGUCCUGACACCGGUGGACGACACCAUCAUCAAGCAGAUCAACCAAGAUGAGUUCAAAGGCUUCUCUUACUUCGGAGAGGAGACCGCGGCCUAGAAACACACACACUAGCACACACUCUAGAAUACACAUACAUACAUGUGACUGUUCACUCACUAUAUUUAUACAUAAACACACAUGUGCACACACGAAAACAACUCGCAAGCUCAAAGACGUAGUAUUCAGUGAAACGGUGAAAUCGCUAAGAAACUAGGCCUUCGGAGUGAGUGCUCUUGACCUUGAACCCGGCCACUCCAGGAAAUAUACUAGACCAUCUGUAUCGCUCAUCAUCGCUCUAGUUCUCCUGUCUUGUUCGUCCAUUUAUGCAUGUCCCAUCAAACUGUAUGCCCGAGCAUCAUGGAAGUGCAGGUCAAAUACUGUAAGAACCACCCGAGCACCCCUUGAUUUGUCAUCAGAGGUCCAGUGAGUUGGUCCAGACCAGUUUCUGCUGCAGUCAGAACAGCGGGCCAACCCAAACUGUUUGGCGGGGUGGGGCUGUUACUUGUUGCGUCACCACCAAAAGCCCGACCGAUGGAAUAUGGAUCGAAAAGAGAAUAUUUCGUUUUCAACCUGUUUGUGUGCUGAAGACGUUAGACGGACAAGGUCAUGGGCUGUGUGUGUGUGUGUGUGCUUUAUGUCUGUGUGUGUGUGUGUGAGAGAGAGUGAGAGGGCGUGUGUAUGUGUACAAGCGUGAAUGCAUGGGCGGGUGCACGUGCCUCUAGAAAGCAUAAAGCUGUCAUUUCUGUACAUGUGCUGUAUCCUGUAUGUAUUUUUAUGUGUUUUAAGAAUGUUUUUUCUUCCCUAACCAUAUAUGUGAAUGCAAAAAGUUUCAUUGAACCAAUGAUUGUAUUAAAAGAAAAAAAAAAGGUCUUGAAAAAGGUAUUUCAUGCAGUAUUGACCGAAAUGUAAAAGGAGACAGAGAUGUGAAAUGAUUAAAUAAUGAAAUAAUGCAAAAAGCGAGAACUCAAGAGUUUUUAGCUGAUGAAAUCAAGGUGAAAUCUUAGUCUGGACUGGUAUCAGCUUUUAGUAAAAACAUUCAACACUUGAGUCAACACCGCCAGCUUUACCGGUUGGCUUAGGAUGCCGCGCCAUAGAAGAGACACCACGGUAUUUUCACUUUUACGCAGUUAGUUAAGCUUUCUUGAACUAGCUAAGAAUCUUAUCUAAGCGAGUUUAUUAGCUGCUCACUAACUAGAUAAGCUGACCACUAGCAGCAUCCACAGUUAUGAAAGGAGGUUUGGUAUCUUUCAACCCCUAUUGUGUGAAAAUGCUCAUACCCAUCAUUUGCAAUCAUAGCCUACUGUAUAUAAUAUAGUCUUACCUCGAGCUUUAACCGUUGCAGCAACAUUAUAAAUGCCGUUUUUAAGAACAGCGCCCUCGCAGCGCAGUUCAGUACGUCUUUAAAUCGUCUGCCCAGACAAAUGGUUGCAAACGGUGCUGUCUAACAGGUCUUAACAAGCCUUCAUGAUAGCGCGUUGCCUUGAAUGCAUUUACAACGUUCUGCUGCUAACGUGGCUGAAGCUGCGUUCACUUUGCAAUUUCCAUCUUGUAAAUUUCCAAGCUGGCACUGUCUCGUCAUAAAUCAUGGGUAUCGAUGUGUUAAUAGAGCCGGGGUUGCAACAUACCAAACCUAAUGAGGGAUGAUGCUAACAAGCUGUUUUUUUUUUUGUUUGUUUUUUUUUUUCACACUUGAUACUUGACAUUGUGAUAAGUGUCUGGUGAAGACUAAUAUAAAGCGAACAUCUAAAAUCUCAAGGUGCCCCUUUGAAUUCCAAUGUUUGAUUCCUGAACCGAACUCUUCUGGCGACUCCUGGAAUAAGAUCGUCCGGGGCGGCUCCUUAAAUCCUCGUCCAUGACCACUUCUUGAUGAUGAAAUGCCUUGUGUGUGUGUGUGUGUGUGUGUGUGUGUGUGUGUGUAACUGCGUGAUCAGUUACCGUACUGGACUUGUUCAGGUCUGUUCAUGAAAUCCAAAAUCCACACGAUUCCAAAUGAAUGUCAUGGAUUUUAACAGAGGUGAAUGUGUUAGUGCACGUGCGCGACUGUGUGUUAAACUGAAUGUAUUUGAUGUGUGACUUGUGUUUGUGUGUGUGUGUGUGUACGUGCGCUUGCAGCAUCAGCAGCGGGGUCAGGAAGAAGUUCCCUCUCCUGAUGCUUUAUGAUGUUUUAUUUUUAUUUAAAUGUUUUACUCUUUGUUGUUUUUACUGGAUGGUCUUGUUGGCGACCCGUCAGAAAUGUCUGAGUUCCUGCAACAAGGCUCCCGCGUGCACGUGGGGUCGAGAAGAACCCACCGUGUUUUCCGACCCAUCCGCUCGUCUCUGUACAGACCACUUCUUGUAUAUAAAAUAAGCUCAUCUAGCAAACAGUCCUCAGAGAAAACUCCAGAGGUGUUAACCCCGUGUUGCAUGGUCAGACAUAUGAUAUUAUAGUGUGUUGAAACUAAAAAUCUUCAAGAAAAGUCCAUGUGCAAUACUCUGUGUUUGUAAGACUGUUUUUUUUUCCCCUUAAUUUGUUUUUGUCACCGAAGCCUGUUCUGCUGCUUGUUUCUCUUUUCUUUUUUCUUCCUUUCUUUCUGUCUUCAGUGGUUUUCCGCCCCUUGUGCUUCCCGAAAACCUCACACACACUUACACGCAGGUACCGGGUGAUACAGUACAAUUUGUUUAACGGCACAUAGGAGUGAUAAUUAUCUCAAUGGCAGAUUUCCUCAUCCAAUAAAUCAGUAUUUCAGUGGUGUAACUUUCCUCAAUUGCAGCUGUAGGGAUGUGAGGUGGGAAUGUCAGGAAAUUACCAGGCGCAGAGGAGAUGGAUUUGUGCGGAAUAGUGCUUUCUGCUGUG